AAUUUACUCCCAAGUAUUAUAAUAUGCGCUUAUAUGGUUUUUAACUUCUGGUAGGUGACGGGAAAUAAUUGAAUUUCUAGUUUAGAAAUGAUUGUAGCGCACACAAUCUAACCUAUGAAUCAAUAUCAUUGAGCAGAUGUUUCCGUUUGUCAAAUACGAUUUCUAAUUUGCUUUAACACCUUGUUGCAUAAGCGGUGAGGUUCUAAAUGAAAAAUCUCAUAGCCGUUUUUUAUUAAAAAGUCUCGUUUUUUUUUGCUGUAAUGAUGCAUUCGUGCCUCCGAAAAAAGCACGGUUUACCUGUUUUUCCCUUUUCCUCUCUUAGUGUUUUAUUAUAUGAAAUUCGAACACUACCUGGUCCAAGUGUGGAAAAAUUGUUUUCGAAAAAAAAACUGUUUUCCCAGGAUACCCAAAUCGCGGUGACUAUGUUGGGGUUUACAAUAAAGUUAUGCAACACUUUUUUAACACGGUCGAUUGCAAGGCCACCGAUUACCGUAAUCAGAAGCGGGCCCAAGUGGUGGUCCGAUCCGGAGCGUAUGAUCAAGCAUAAACUCCUGUAUUUUACCAUGGGCAUCGACCAGCUUCCACUGCGUCGCACGGCAGUUAUUCAGACUGAACAGAUUCGCUUCCAUAUGUGCAAACCGUCCCCUCGUAUUAACGAUGCCACCGGGUACAAGCGCGCGCGAAGCGGGCAAAUUAGAACCUGGUACCGCCGUAUCCAAUACCAGGAAUAUUAUCUGCAACACCUCUUCACUAGACACGCAUGGGGUUUGCUGCGAGUGUAUCCCGGAAACACCACAAAGAUUCACGGCAGGGCAGAUGAUGGCUACGUUGGAUAUGACGCAGUCCCGUUCCAUCGAUACAAUCGAUCCCCGCUUCCGUUUCCAGCAAGAGAAAUAUAUGGACGCCGAAAGUAG